AGAUAAAUCGGCUAAUAAAAGCAGCCCCAAAGUUUGAUCCCAACGAAGUUAAGAUUAUGUAUGUGCAAAGCUCUUCGAAAACAUGAAAGUGUUUAUCCCAUAUUGUACCUUACCUGAUGGUCUGGCUAACAAUUGGGUUUCUUUCGAUUCCCCUCGAAGUCACCUUCGUGCCACUGGUGGUGAGGUAGGCGCUUCGUCCGCAUUGGCGCCGAAGAUUGGUCCUCUUGGUCUCUCACCCAAGAAGGUUGGUGAGGAUAUCGCUAAGGCGACCGGUGACUGGGUAUACUUCCUCUCCGCCUGCAUGUGUUAGUCACGGGGUGGUGGAAAGUUAAUGUGAACAUUUUCUAUGAAAUACAGAAAGGUCUCCGUGUCACCGUCAAGCUCACCAUUCAGAACCGUCAGGCUGCCGUCUCCGUCGUUCCUUCUGCAUCUUCCCUCGUUAUCAAAGCCCUCAAGGAGCCCCCGAGAGACCGCAAGAAGGAGAAAAACAUCAAGCACACCAAGUCCAUCCCUCUCGACGAGAUAAUUGAGAUUGCCCGAAUCAUGAGAUUCAAGUCGUUGGCUCGCGAGCUUAAAGGAACUGUCAAGGAGAUUCUUGGAACUGCUUAUUCUGUCGGAUGUCAGGUUGAUGGCCGCUCCCCUAAGGACAUCUCCGACGAUAUCGCGUCUGGCGAGAUUGAUAGUACGUUCUGCGUUACAUCCAUAAGACAUAAAUUACUGACCGAGUACCCUCUAGUCCCCGACGAAUGA